AUGCCACGUUCUAUCCAGUCCAACGCAGCUCGAGCGGCCGUCGCCGUGGGAUUAGCCGCCCGAGUCACGAAUGCAUACACUCAAGUUAACAUCGCCACCCCGUUCAUGACCAAGAAUAUUGACCCAAUCGUCUUCCCCGGCCAGUACGACAAGAGCCACAUGCACUCAUUCUUCGGUUCGGAUGCGGUGACAAUCAACACGUCGACUAGUGCAGUCCUGCAGGAAGGCUGCACAAAUGCUGAGAAUCCCAAUGACCUCUCUGUGUACUGGGUCCCUACUCUCUUGUAUACGACCGAUGACGGUUUAACGUGGGAGCCGGUUCCUCUGAGCCGGUUCAGCGCAUACUACAACCUAGGCGAGACCCCGGCAGAGGUCCCCAUUCCUCAAGACCUCAAGAUGUUGGCCGGUUCAGCUAGUGCAGCGACCGCAGACGCCUCCCCAGCAGACGCCAAGGUUGAGUGGUUUUGCGAAGGCGAUGAUGGUAUCUCAGCGGAUACAAAUGGCUUUCCUAGCUCAACAUGCAGUACGCACCUGCAGACGCUCCUCUACUUCCCGCAGUGUGUCAAUGUGGACACUCUCGAGACAGCGUACAAGAGCAAAUCCUAUGGUACAGCCAAUUACUGUCCAGAGGGCUCAAGCUCCAUGCCACAGCUUCGCUUCAGCAUUCGCUACGACUUGCGCGAUGCCCUGAGCAGUGGAUGGAGUGGCACGGCACCAUUGCAGUUGGCUUGCGGCAACGCGUGGUGCAGCCAUGGGGACUUCAUCAUGGGCUGGACGGAGGAGGCAGCCCAGAACAUGGUGGCAGCUACCAGCGACAAGAGGACAUAUGCCUCAGUGAACGGGGCUUUGGGCAACGAUGGAGAGCAGCCCAGCUGCAAGGCCACAGACGCAGACCCAGACCAUGGAACGAGCGACUAUGCCGAAAGCGUGGCCGCUAUGGGCAAGCGCUCUGUGGACGCGACGGGAUGGCAAUCUGGGUCCAGAUUUCGGUCGAUCAGGCGGACCUGA